AUGAAUAAGGGGCGGAAGGUUUGGGCGGGUGGGAGAGUCGCUGGCUCGCUCGAACUCAAUACCGAGGUUGCCCCCCGCCCUCCGCUCCCCCUCGCCCGUCCGCCGCCGCUCCACCCUGCUCCCCUGCCUCCGCCCUCAGCUCCCCACCACCUGCCCCUCCGCCUCCGCUCCACCGAUACCUCUGCUGGGCCCUCGCUCUCCUUCCGCUCCAGCCUGCCCCUCCGCCUAUCCGCUCCACCCUGGCCGUUCCCCUGUGUUCGCCGCUCCCACGACUGCCGGUGCUCUCCCUCCGCUCCAACCCUGCCCUCCGCCCUUCGCUAUCCCUCCUGCCUCUGCUCCCACCACCCUGCCCUCGCCCUCUCGCUGCUGCAACCUGCCUGCGCGCCUGGUACCGCGCCUCCGCUCAACCUGCCCUCGCCUCCUCGCCUUCUACCACCCUGCCCUGCCCUUCGCGCUCGCAACCCUGCCCCUCCUCCCUCCGCUCCACACCCUGCCAGCCUUCCGCCCUCGGCUACACCUGCGCUCCGCAUCCGCUCCAAAUCACCGCUGCUCUCCCUCGUCACCCCGUCUGCCUGCCCUCCGACCUCCCGCGCUGCCAACCGUGCCCCUUCUGCCGCCUUCCGCUCCACACCUCGCCCUCCUCUCCGCUCCACCACUGCUCUCCCAACUCCGCUCUCACCACCCUGCCCCUCCUCCCCGCUCCAUCCACCCGCUUCCUCCUCCGCUCACCCUGCCCUCCGCCUCGCUCCACCACCCUGCCCUCUGCCCUCUCCGCUCAUCCCACCGCUGCCCUCCGCUCCGUCCCACCCCUGCUCCUGCCCUCUCCACCACCCUGUUCCCUUCUCCCUCCGUCACCCUGCCUCCCGCCCUCCGCUCCACCCUGCCCCUCCGCCCUCCGCUCCACCCUGCCCUCUGCUCCAUCACCCUGCCCUGCCGCCUCCGCUCCACCUGCAGGCUCCGCCCUUCCGUCCACUCCUCGCCCGUCUGACUGCCCUUCGCCUCCGCUCACAACUGCCCUCCUCCCUCCGCUCCAACAUGCGUCCUCCGCCUCCGUCCACUGGCCCUUCUCCUCCGCUCCACCCUGCCCUUCCUCCUCACGCUCCCACCCUGCCUUCCGCCCUACUCGCUCCUCCCACCUCUGCCCCUUCCGCCCUGCCCCUUGUCCGCCUCAGCUCCCUGCCUCCUCCGCGCCCUUCACCGCUCCCACACCCUGCUCCUUUCCGCCCUCCGUCCACCCUCACUCUCGCCCCUCCAGCUCCACCCUGGCUCUUCGCACUCCGUCACCCUGCCCCUCGUCUCAACGGCGCUGCCCCUUCCGCUCUCCGCCCCACUGCCUUCAUUCCGCUCCCAACCUGCCCUUUCGCCUCCGCUCCACAAAACCUCUGCCCCUCCGCUCCUCUUCACUCGUCUGCCCUUCCGCCCUCCGCUCACCGCCUGCCACUUCCAGAUGCCGCCUCGCCGUCCGACCCUGCCUCGUCUGCUCCACCCUGCCAUGAUGCGCUCCUGCGCCGCUCCCAGCUGCCCUUCCCCCUCCUCGCUCCACCAACUGCCGGCUCCUCCAUCAUCCUUCGUUUGGAGCUAUGA